AUGAAAAGAAACAAUAUUAUUACUAAUUCAAAAUUAUUUACUCUCGAUACCGAAUCUACUCCCAUUCCACAUCAACCAAAUAAACCAAGUCUUAUACAACUUCAAAUAAUACAAUCUGAAUAUUCUUCAAUUAUGUUAAUUGUGGAAGUAUGUCAUUUACCCUCUCCUGAUCAACCACAAUUUACAUUAAUUAAGAUUUUAUUUGAUUUAUUAUUUCAACCUGAUAAAAAAAUAUACAUUUGGGGAGAGAUCGAUGAAUUAAUUAAAUUUACUAGAUAUCAAUUAUUUACAUCAAAUCAAAUUUACUUAUCUAGAAAUAUUCAUUUACAAAAGGAAUUUAAAAAAUAUUGGUCUGCUAAUUAUCCUCAUCAACCAACGUCAUCAUCAAAUGGUACGUCAACGUGUAAAUGCAAAACCUGUUUUGGUAUUUCACACGACAAUUUAUUAGCUUUACAAGAUGCUGUCGCUUUUGAAUUGCAUCGAUGGAUUGAUAAACGACUUACACGUCAACCAUUUGAUAUCGGACUUGAUCCACAUUUACAACAUUUAAAUGAUAAACAAAUGGAAUAUCGACAAUCAUUAUGUAAUUAUGCAGCAAAUGAUUGUGAUGCUAUAUAUCAAUUAAUUAUUAGUACAAAUAUUAUCAACGACCAAGAUCAAGAUAAUACUAUUUCAUCAAUUAAUCCACCAACUACAUCAACAAAUUAUGAACUUCAAUUAACAUCCGAUGAUGAUCAAGCAAAUAAUCAAGAAGGGGUCCUCUCGACUGGUCCCCCUUGCCAAUUAUCCCAACUGGUCCCCCCUUAA